CAACCGUAUCGCAAGCGCAUGAUUGUAAUUCGCGAUAUUUUUGACAUUUAAAAAUUUAAUACAUUCGAGCGCGAACUACGAAAAGUGAUAACAAUAAUACGAUGAUUCUAAAUAUAACUAGUGAUUGUGUUUUGUUAAAAAAAUAACCUAGAAGUGACUUUGUUUUUUUUUGGUUCUCGGCUUUUAUCGUAUAUUCAGCCAACAUGGAACGGAAAAAGGAAAGCAGUUCGAAACGUCAGAUAUUAACCGCUUUGGUUGCAACAAUACCAACCUUCACAUAUGGAAUCCAGAUCGGCUGGCUGUCUCCAAUGGGACCGCUUCUAAGGUCUAAGUCAACGCCCGCGCUGGACCCCUUGACAGACAAUGACAUCUCGUGGAUGGCGGCCGCACUACCCCUAGCCGCCAUUUGUGGAAUACCGUUCUUCAGUCACGCGUCUGAUCGAUUUGGACGAAAGAUCUGUGUUAUUCUAGUUUCUUUACUGUCUUGUAUAUCAUGGACGAUAAAACUGACAGCAAUUUUCCCAUCAGCAUUAAUAUCAGCGAGGGUGAUAGCUGGUCUAGCCGCGGGCGGCUGUUUCGUUGUAGUUCCAGUUUACCUUAAAGAGAUUUCGGAAGACACUCUUCGAGGGGCUUUGGGGUCCUUGAACAUGACUAUGUGUAAACUUGGAGUGAUAUUUGUGUACGCCAUUGGAAUGGCGACCUCGUAUCGAGUGAACCAAGGAGUAUACCUCGCCGUGGCGGCUGUCCAUGUAAUUGUCUUCUGUUUCAUGCCAGAAUCUCCCAACUAUCUCUUGAAGAUCGGCGAAGAAAAGAAAGCAGCUAAAACGAUAUCCUGGCUGCGCAGUCUUAACAAGGACCACAACCAGGUCGUGGAGGAGCUGCUGAAGCUGAAGGAUGAACAGCGGCAGUUCGAGGAGACCACACGGGUCUCACUGCUCAGUGUGGUACGCGACCGUACGACAUUCUCGGCGCUUCGGAUGACGCUGAUGCUCAUGGCGAUGCAGACGCUCUCAGGGUGUUUCGCCCUCAUGAACUACGCGGCCGACGUGUUCCAUAGAGCGGGCACACAGUGGAGCCCUAACACGUUGGCAUUGGCUGUCGGCUCCCUGCAACUCGCUGGGUCGUUCUUCACUACGAUAUCCAUUGAAAAGUUUGGACGAAAGAUUCCUCUAGCCUGCAGUUCCCUAGUCGUGUCAAUAUGUAUGACGACCUUAGCCACCUGUUUCCUGCUCGGCACGGGCGUGGUGAGCUGGUUGCCAGUGGUAGCCGUGUGUGUCUGUAUCCUGGCUUACGGAGCCGGUCUGGCACCAGUUCCCAUGGUCAUCAUGGCUGAAGUAUUUCCUUUCCAGGUGCGAGCACGGAUGGCAGGAGCAUCAAUGGCGUUUUCCUUCUUUUGCAGUUCGAUGACCGUUCUGUUCUACACGCCCAUUGCGAACCAGUUUGGAGCCUACGUAGUAUUUUAUACUUUUGCAGCCGUAACACUAUUUGGAGUCCUCUACACUAUCCUAUGGGUGCCAGAAACCAAAGGCAAAAGCUUAGAAGAAAUACAAAAAUAUUGGAAAAAGACUGAGCCAGUAUUUGUGUGAAAUUGUGGACUAUAAUAUAUUUGAGAGUUUAUCUUAUUUGAGACAUUGGUUUGAGGUACACAUUCCCUUUUGUAGUUUUAUUUAUGAGAUAGGGACGAUGAUGAUGAUGAUAGAUGGAAUCAUCUACCUACGUCUUCAAUUGGGUACUUUUCAAUAAUAAAUUAUUUCGCCUGUUUAAUACAAUAAUAUAUAAUCACAUUUUAAUUUUAU